AUGCAUACUUACUCUGUGGUGUUGCUUGUUUUGUUUUCCAUUGGAACGAUUGAUAUUUGUCCCGGUGGGGAUACCAGUGGGUCACGAACAGGGGCUGGCAUCCGUUCCGGAACAUACGGACUUAGCGGAGAUGAUCCAGAGGAGAGUGACGAGGAAGAUGAUGACGGAGAUAGGGAAGAUGCCACAGAUUCACGAACCUCUGAGGCGCCGAAACGGAUUUUAAUACGCAAACCACCAGGUGUACUGGACGGUACUGGACCGGAGGAAGCGGGCGGACCGGCAUUCGAAACUGAGGAUACGGGUCUGACCGUUGUAUUUGAUGGCGUAGAGUUGGACAGGCUAGACUACGAGAUGCAUGUUAACAAGGUAUCGAAUCGAUUUCCCUGUGAUGUGAUGUUGUAA